UAUAUAGUUAUUCUAUCAAAAUGUGGUUUAUUGUACUUUUUGUUGUGACAUUUGUGUGCUAUUCUGAAGCAAUGACGGAUGAAGAAGCAAAAUUGCAAUUCACUAAAAUUGCCAUGAACUGCACUAAGAAAUAUCCUUUGGAGGUGCAUGAAAUAUUAGAUCUGCAAAAGUUGAAAGUGCCAACGAAAAAGACGGCAAAGUGCCUACUAGCAUGCGCCUAUAGGCUUGAAGGAUCGAUGAAUGAGAAAGGCCUCUUAGAUUAUGAACACAUGAUGAAGACAGCAGACUUGCUGGCUGAUGGGGACGAGAAACGGCUGAAAAACGCAAAAGCAGUUGCAGAUAUUUGUAUAAAAGUAAAUGACGAGACAGUGAAUGAUGGGGAAGCUGGUUGCGAUAGAGCUGCAUUACUAUUCAAAUGUGCUACUGAGACUGCACCGAAGUACGGGUUCAAGGUUUAAUAAAAGAAAAGGAAAAAUAAAAUCUAUUAAAAAUGCCUUUUAUACUUUAUCUAAGUAAAGUAUUCAUAUCAGGUGUUUAACAAGGAAAACUUUAUUACUAUUUUAUAAUAUUUUUUUUACUUAUCCAAUUAUGGUCUAAAAGUGAACCGCCGCGUCCCCUAACAAAUUUUAUCACUGAACCACUUUGCCAAAGAAACAUAAUAAGUUAUGUGCUUAGGUAUAUCGUGCUAUAGCAGUAUCAAACUUUGUAUAAAGAUUUUUAAAAUAUUUAUUUAUACCCAUUAAGUGUUGUUGAGGGAAGGGAGGGUUUGCCCACUAUAAUUAUAGAUCAUGGGGGUAUUUUUUUGGAAGCUUCAAAUUGACACCCUGUCUUGUAUUGUAGCAAUACUGUAAAAAUACGAAUAGCGCCAUCUGGGAAAUGAUAAAAGAACUUGUGAAUUUGCUGCCUCGCAAUAAAGAAGCUGACAAUGGUUUAUAUUCUAUAUUCCUAUAACAUGAGAUGAUGUCGGAUGUAAAAUAAAGAUGUCAGCAGUACUACAUCAGUUACGAAGUAAUUUUAGUUUCCGAUUUACAAGGUGUUGCAAAAAAGCCGAAAGAGAGCGCCUCAGGGGGGCAUCAUGAACUACUUUUGUUAUACCUACGCCUUUUGGAAAUUCUCAAAAGUAAAUCUGCUUCUAGUAGAAAAAGUCACGUGAGCAACAAAUUUUUAAAAGUGUCACAAAUUGAUCUUCAUCUCCCUAUCAAAAACUUGACUAACA